CCUGAGGAUCUUUGCUAUUUUGGGAUGGGGUCGAAUAGUUCUAAGUUAGUUGCUUGCUGUUGGGGCUCGCAGAUGAAGGGAACGGUUCUGGAGGCUCCGGAUGUUGUGAGAGAGGAGAAAACGGAUACCUACGAACUGCCGCCAUUCCAGGAGUUCUCUUUUGAGCAACUCAGGCUCGCCACUUCCGGGUUUGCUGCUGAGAAUAUUGUUUCAGAGCAUGGAGAGAAAGCUCCCAAUGUUGUAUAUAAGGGGAAGCUAGAUGCAGCGAGGAGGAUUGCCGUGAAGCGUUUUAACAGAUCGGCGUGGCCGGAUCCUCGUCAAUUUUUGGAAGAAGCAAAGGCUGUUGGUCAACUUCGAAACCAAAGAUUAGCAAACUUGCUUGGCUGUUGUUGUGAAGGUGACGAGAGGCUGCUUGUGGCCGAAUAUAUGCCCAAUGAAACACUCGCCAAACACCUUUUUCACUGGGAGGCUCAACCCAUGAAGUGGCCGAUGAGACUGAGGGUGGUACUCUAUCUAGCAGAAGCCUUAGAGUAUUGCACUAUCAAGGGCCGUGCUCUUUAUCAUGAUCUUAAUGCUUAUAGAGUCCUUUUCGAUGAUGAUUGUAAUCCUAGGCUUUCAUGCUUUGGCCUAAUGAAGAAUAGUCGGGAUGGUAAAAGCUACAGCACGAAUUUAGCAUUUACGCCUCCAGAGUAUUUGAGAACAGGGAGGGUUACACCAGAAAGUGUGAUUUACAGUUUUGGCACACUGCUGCUUGAUGUUCUUAGUGGAAAGCAUAUUCCUCCGAGCCAUGCCCUGGACUUGAUACGAGAUAGAAAUUUUCAUAUGCUGACAGAUUCCUGUUUGGAGGGGCAAUUUUCUAAUGAAGACGGAACUGAAGUCGUGCGCUUAGCUUCGAGGUGUUUACAAUAUGAACAGAGAGAAAGGCCAAAUGUUAAAUUGUUAGUCCUUGCAUUGACUCCUCUCCAAAAAGAAAUUGAGGUUCCUUCCUACGUUUUGAUGGAUAUGCCACAUGGUGGUGCAUCUUCUGUUGAAUCUUUAUCACUUUCUCCUUUCGGUGAAGCUUGCCUCAGAAUGGAUUUGACAGCUAUACAUGAGAUACUGGAGAAGAUUGGCUACAAGGACGAUGAUGGAACAGCAAAUGAGCUUUCCUUUCAAAUGUGGACCAAUCAAAUGCAAGAGACUUUGAACUCAAAGAAAAAGGGCGAUACUGCAUUCCGGCAUAAAGACCUGAAUACUGCAAUUGAGUGUUACACUCAGUUCAUUGAUGUUGGAACCAUGUUAUCUCCAACUGUAUUCGCUCGUCGCAGCCUAUCCUACCUGAUGAAUGACAAACCACAGGAAGCACUUAAUGAUGCAAUGCAGGCCUUGCUGAUAUGUCCAACAUGGCCAACUGCAUUCUAUCUACAAUCUGCUGCCCUUUUCGCUCUCGGAAUGGAGAACGAUGCUCGGGAAGCACUGAAAGAUGGAUCGUCCUUAGAAGCUAAAAAGAACGGUAGUUCUGGGCGCUGAAAACAGUUGUAAACUAACAGUAAGGCAUCAUUGAAACUCAUACUUAAAGUUAGUCUUCCACUUUUUGACAAUUUCAUUAUUUCUACACAGAAUGGUCCUCUCACUUCAAUUUUUUUGAAAAAGUGUGAAGAUUCAAAUGAUUCCUCAAUUCUCAAAACGAGUAAAAUUCAUCAGUUUGUGGGAUUUUUGCAUAGUUGAAGUUAUUGAAUGGUGAAGUGAUUUUUGGUUAACUUUAUAACCUUUAAAGCAUAUUGCGUGUAUAUAUGUGGUGGCAACAAAGCUUCCAUUGGUAGAAGUUCAAGUUUAAUAAAGCGGUUUCCAUUGUGUAGGAAUUGUUGAUUGUAUAUCUUGAUAUUGAUGUAACCGCAUAUAUUUGUACAUCAGAGUAUGAUUGAAUUUUUUUUUCCUCUUUUUUAUGACAUUGCUUUUCUAGUUCUGACUAAGUGACUCUGUCUAUUAUUCUAUUUCUUCUAAUGUCAGUUAACAA